UCGUAUGUCACCCCGAAGGGGACAAUAUAAAUAUACAGUUCAGCGUGGCAGUGUUAACAGUUUUGUAUUUGUGUCAGCUCACUGGAGGGCCUAUCCAUAUCGGUAAUAUGCUCAGCAGCUAAAAUGUCAGCAGCGACGCCUACGGUUCUACCUCGGGAUCCCAGAUUCCCGCACCUGCUGCCUUCAGUACCUAGGAUUCGACCUAUGCCGCUGCGUACCGUUGGCUAUGAAUAUCGUGACCUCCAGCACGAGCUCGAGGAAUUGGUGCGCACCUAUUCUGGCUGCGUGCGUGCUUCUGACUCUGUGGUAGGACAACAACAUUUGGGUCAAGACGCAGCAAGAGGAGAAACGAGAGGUGCGUACGCUUUCCGUCGUCGUCGGUUCGUCUUGUGAAUGAAAAUCGCAGCUUGAUGAGGCAGGUGAUGGUGAACAGGACUCUAUACAUUCUGAUGGGC